GUAGAGAACCAGGACAUCUCAUGAUCUCAUCGCAAGGAUGCAGCGCUCUCGAACAUCAUCAACGCAGCAGAUCGGCAAGGAGGACGACGCCAGUGUAGGGUUUCAAACCCUAGUUUUUGGCCAUGGACUGCGGCGGACCUGCAUCGGAGACCAAACCACCGUCGACGACUGGACACACAUAUCGCAGGAUUCGCAUUAGAAAGCCAGCCAGCGAACGGAAAGAUAUCCUAAGGGGGUAAAUCAGGUGAUGACGGUGGCAUGACCAAGCACCUGUUUGUCAUCCCUCAGGAUUAUGAAAUACCGGCCAUAAAGGAAACGCCGGAUGAAAAUUCAUUAGGGAAUCACGCCUUCUUCUUAAAAAGUAAACUUCUGGUUGGAUCCCGGAGCGGUUUUAUUCCAGAACAUUGCCACGAUGAACCCGAAAAGAACAAGAACAACAACAUUCCCUCCAAUGCAGUUCCUUCAACCCCACCCCCACCCCCAGAGUUAUCAUCAGCCAAUUUUGACCAUAUCAUCCAACGCUGCUCCAUUGACCCCAAUUCUAUCGCCGCACGGGUCAUUAAGGUGAUGCUGGAAGGAUGUGAGAAGAAGAAUAAACUGACCAAUGAGAAAUUCCAGGCUUGCAUGACCUCUUUGCAGGCAAUGGCGUCUCUCAUUGUGGAGAGUUUGAGGGAGGGAAACCCCAAUCUGAUCACUGGGACUUCCCUCCCGGGGUUACAGGGUGCGCCCAAAGGGAGCUACAAAUUCCAGGGCUUCAGUGCCCUAAACGACGACAGGUUUUUACUGUGUCACAAGCUUACGGUCCCCUUUGGGGCAUUCUUCUGCCACCAACCCCUCAAUUCAACGGCCUAUUCGAUCACCCUCCGUGGAGUUGAUCGUGGGGUGCAUUGGAAAGUUGGGAACUCCAUUUACCCACAAAACCUCCCUAGAAGUAGAGGAGGUCCUUCCUAUGAUCACAAGGAAAAUGAGUAGUAUACCAAAAAUACUGAAAGGGGAAGACAUGAUCUAGAUAGAGUAGGUGUUUGAUUUGAAUACAAUUUUGGAAUAAAAUUUUGUUUGGAAU